GAUCCUCCCUGCAGUAAAGUUGAUUGAAGUUCUGGCACUGUUGUCGAGUGAACGUGAACGUAGCUUAUCUAAAGAAGGCUUCGGGCAGCUGAAGGCAUCUUAACGAAGGAAUCUUGCUUUCUGAGCUGUUGAAACUUUUCGCCUUUUCCUUUCUUCAAGCCUGCUGCUUCUGCAUCUGGAUAACAAAAUGCCCGUGAUUUGAUCUGGGGAUCGCUUCCUAGUUGAGGUUGCCCUAUCCUAAGGCUUGAGCCUGGGAUGAGGGCAGCCUCAUGGCCUACUGAACGCCUCAACGCGACAUGGAGACAGUUUCAUUCACAAAAUUCUGCAAUUCGAUGCCAAUUCGCUGGGAUUGGGGCAACCAGACUUUUGCAGAAGCGCACCUCGGCCAGCCCUUCUCCUAGGCUGCCGCUGCGGCGCUUCAGCGUGCAAGCGCGUGGCUCAGGGCGCACGAGGCUUGCAACCAGGAUCACGACCGUCCCCAGACGCGUGGACCUAUACUUUGCAGACCAGCCGGCCCGGCGUAUACUCUGGGCGUGCAUCGCCUUUGCCUGCGGGUACUACUGUGCCAACACCGUGUCGCUGUCAUUUGGUGCGCUGGCGAUCAAUGAUGUGGUGGCCGCAGCGCUGACCGUGGCCUUCUGCGAGGUGGUGUCAUCGCUGUACUAUGCAGCGCCAAAGCAGACUCUCAAACUGCUCUUCCUGCAAUGCUUCAAGAUCGGCAUCAUCUGCGCGCUCAUUGCUGAUGCCUUUAAGCUGGGCGGAUGAUCAGGCCCAUGAGAGCUAGGGGAAGACAAAGUUUCGUGUCACGGUCAGAUUUGUCUUGUGUAACGAGGGCCCCGGGGCCCAGCGGGAGACCGUCUGAAGCUGUUACUGAUGCCAAAGAAACUUGCAGCUUUGAGGCAGGCAACUUGACACUGGCGGCUGCGGCUUAGAAUUGCACUCUAAUGCUUCUGCAAUUGGAUUCCAGAAGGGCCUGCUUUUUAUUUUAAACCCGGCCAGGUUUAUAAGCAGAGGGAAGUGAGGGCUAGAUCUGGCCACAGUAGCUUCUCAGAUCAGUGUCUUUGAACGGAAAGCAAUCUGGAAUAGUCCUCCAAUUGCAAAGCUUGUCCUCGGAGUGCACAUUAGAUCCAACCUUCUGCUUCUUGCUUGCGUGUCCCGUACGCACUUGAUUAAGUUGUUCC